CUGGAGUGACGAGCAAGUUUUCCGACAGAAAAUGCAGAGUGUGGGGAAACCACAGAUCCUUCGCUAGUUUCUUUGUGCCCAAGCUUCUCUUCUCUGCUAUUCAGACCCUCUUUCUCUGUUCUCUCCCUGUUUUCUGUCAACAUGUCGAUCUUCGAGUACAAUGGCAGUGCCCUUAUAGCCAUGGUGGGGAAGAACUGCUUCGCCAUCGCCAGUGAUCGGCGCCUCGGAGUGCAGCUCCAGACCAUAGCCACCGACUUCCAGAGGAUUUACAAGAUUCACGAUAAGCUUUAUAUUGGCCUCUCUGGCCUUGCUACCGAUGCUCAAACUUUGUAUCAACGGCUCUUCUUCCGUCAUAAAUUAUACCAGCUUCGUGAAGAGAGGGAUAUGAAACCUGAAACAUUUGCCAAUCUUGUCUCCGCCAUUCUAUACGAGAAAAGGUUUGGACCAUACUUUUGCCAACCUGUAAUUGCUGGGUUGGGAGAUGAUGACAAGCCAUUUAUUUGCACAAUGGAUUCAAUUGGUGCCAAGGAACUUGCCAAAGAUUUUGUUGUUGCUGGUACUGCCUCAGAGUCUCUUUAUGGUGCAUGCGAGUCGAUGUACAAGCCUGACAUGGAACCAGAGGAAUUAUUUGAGACAGUCUCUCAGGCAUUACUUUCAUCAAUGGAUCGUGAUUGUUUGAGUGGAUGGGGAGGUCAUGUAUUUGUCAUUACACCAACAGAAGUAAUUGAGAGAACCUUGAAGGGGAGGAUGGAUUGAUCACAAUUCAUUAUAGACCUGAAGGUUAAUGUUCCUAUUUCCAAUGCAGUGUUCUUUAUGUUUUAUUUCCAAGUACAGCUACACAUGAAGCCUCUUUUGUUUUUGAAUUGGAGACAAUCUGCCUUUAGGGAUUCAAGGCAUUAACUUCCAGCSACCAGCUUUGUAGGGGUACUUUCACUUUGGCUCUUCGCCCCAAAGUUGAUUUUCUUCAUUCAGGGAUCAAACUACUAUAAGACAUUUGUAUGUUUCUUUUACCAUUAGGAUGGAUAAUCAUUUUUCGCAUUUGAAUUGUUACUGGUUAAGGGUUACCAUGAGGACUACCAAUAGUUCUACUAAGCGCUGUUGACACUCGAAUCUUUAAGUUAUUAGAUGGUUCGAAUUAUCCUGUUAUGUUUUCA